AUGGAAAAUUACCAAACAUUUUUUUCCUCGGCAGCAACACCACCAGCUUCUUCUUCCUUGUCAUUGAACAUGGGGAACCCUCAUGGCGCUUACAGUACUACUGAUCAUCUUCAAUUCCAAAAUAACAAGUCACCACCAGCAGCAAAUGGGUUCUUGGGGCUGAUGUCAGAUAUGGAGGUUUCAAACAAUAUUAAUUCUUCUCAGAGCAAAAGCUUUGUGGGGCCUGAAGGUGCUGUGAGGUUAGGGACGAAGAAGGGGGAGAAGAAGAUAAGAAAACCCAGAUAUGCUUUUCAAACGAGGAGCCAAGUUGAUAUCCUCGAUGAUGGAUAUCGAUGGAGGAAGUAUGGUCAAAAAGCGGUGAAGAACAACAAGUUUCCAAGAAGCUACUACCGGUGCACGCAUCAGGGGUGCAAUGUGAAGAAGCAAGUUCAGAGGCUAACCAAAGAUGAAGGCAUUGUUGUGACAACUUAUGAAGGCAUGCACUCUCAUCCCAUCGAGAAAUCAACCGAUAACUUUGAGCAUAUUUUGAGCCAGAUGCAAAUCUACACUUCAAUUUAA